AUGGGCUUCAUGGGGGCGAAGCUGUUCCCGUCGUGCGAGAGCAUGUGCGUCUGCUGCCCGGCGCUGCGCCCGAGCUCCCGCCGCCCCGUCAAGCGGUACAAGAAGCUGCUCGCUGAGAUAUUCCCCAAGACGCCUGAGGGUCCACCAAAUGAGAGGAAAAUCAUGAAGUUAUGCGAGUAUGCUGCCAAGAAUCCCCUGCGCAUUCCAAAGAUUGCCAAGUUUCUGGAACAGAGGAGUCGCAAGGAACUGCGUGCUGCUCAUUUGAACUAUGUCAAGAUAAUCACUGAAGCAUACAGCAAGCUACUCUUCAUUUGUAAGGAGCAGAUGGCAUAUUUUGCCAUCAGCCUGGUGAACGUCCUCACCGACCUUCUGGAAAGCAAGCAGGAGAACAUUCAUAUCCUUGGAUGUCAAACUUUCGCGAGGUUUAUUUACAGCCAGGUAGACAACACAUAUGCACGGAAUAUUGAGAGCUUGGCCCACAAAGUGUGCACACUUUCACGGCAACAGGGAGUGGAGCAUAGUCUUCUGCGGGCAGCAAGCCUACAGUGUCUCUCAGCAAUGAUCUGGUUUAUGAAGGAACAUUCAUACAUAUUUGCUGAUUUUGAUGAGUUGAGUUCCAAAUUGCUCAGCCUGGUUGCUUGCUUAGUUGCUCGUUUGCACCAGAUGGUGCAGUCGGUCUUGGAAAAUUAUAGGAUGGAUGGAACUGCUGGUGGUGAUGAUGACAGACAUGCAUCACAGCAUAACUGGGUUGAUGAAAUAGUCAGGCGUGAGGGAAGAGCUGGUUUAGGUGGAGGUAAUGAUGUAAAUUUCUGUAGUGCAACAACUACUAGACUGCGAUCAGCAAGGGACUCUUCAGCACUGACCAGGGAGGAGCGCGAAUCUCCAGAAGUAUGGUCCCAUAUUUGUGUUCAGAAGCUUGCAGAACUGGCCAAAGAGAGUACAACUAUGCGACGCAUCCUUGAUCCAAUGUUUUCUUACUUUGAUAUGAAGAAACAAUGGGCUCCUCGGCAUGGAUUAGCUUUGCUUGUCAUGUCUGAUAUGUCUUAUCUAGAGAAGAGUUCAGGCAACGAACAAUUGAUUUUGACUGCUGUCAUCCGUCAUCUGGACCACAAGAAUAUUUUGCAUUGUCCUCAGACUAAAUCUGAUAUUAUUCAGACAGCAACAUCUUUGGCACGACAGCUGCGAUCACGAGGAGUUGCUCCUGAACUUGCAGUAACAGGUGACUUGUGCAGGCACUUGAGGAAAACACUAGAGGCCAUGGAGUCAGCCAGUGUUCAAGAGCUGAGCUUGAAUGAGUCUCUUCAAAAUUUCCUGGAGGGCUGUCUUGUUGAAGUCGUAAGAGGAGUUAAAGAUGUGCGGCCACUUUAUGACAUGAUGGCAAUUACAUUGGAGAAUUUGCCUUCUAUUCCUGCUGUUGCUAGAGCAACUAUUGGAAGUUCGCUGAUACUUUGCCACAUAAUCUCUUUGACAUCAGUAUCUUCGGACGCUCCUAUGGUGUUUCCGGAAGCACUCCUCCAGCAGAUAUUGAGAUCCAUGGUACAUCCAGAUGCAGACACUCGUGUGGGGGCGCACCACAUAUUUUCUGCUGUAAUUGUCCGAGGCCCAAGCCAUCAGAGGGGUGAUUCAGAGUACCUAUUUGCAACAAAAAAGUGUCAAUCUCGAUCACCGUCAGUGUUUGCUUCAGCUACUGCUCUACUUGAGAAGUUAAGGAGAGAGAAAGAAUGCUUAGGUUCAGAUAAGCCUGGACAUAUGAUGCAUGAUGAUGGGAAGGAAAGAAACACCCAUGAAGAGGAUAAUAAGCAUGUUUGGGCACGAAAAAGCCCGGCUUAUUUUUCAAAGUUGGUCUUCUCUUUCAUCGAUCGAUGGGCAACACUAGCUAGUUCUGCUGAGGAAACCAAAAUCGUCCUGUUAACUGAAGAUCAAACAAAUCAAUUGCUGUCUGCGUUUUGGAUACAGGCCAAUCAGACCGAUAACACUCCUUUUAAUUAUGAGGCCAUUGGUCAUUCAUACAGCCUCACAGUUCUUUCUUCCCGCCUUAAGAAUUCAAGCAACAGUAAUAACAUUCAGUUCUUCCAGUUGCCUCUGUCCCUCCGAAGUAUUGCUUUAACUCCAAGUGCAGGCCUGCCCCCUUCUUGCCAACGGUCUAUUUUUUCCUUAGCAACGAGUAUGCUGGCUUUUGCUGGAAAAGUCUGUCAUAUUGUUGAAUUGGCAGAGUUGCUAAGGUGUUUUACCUCAUCCAAUAUUGAUUCUUAUCUAAGAAUUGGUGAAGAUUUGCAACUCUAUGUAAGGUUGCAAUCGGAUCUUGGCAGCUAUGGCUCUGAAAGUGAUCAAGACAUUGCUAGGUCUGUACUUUCUGAUUGCAGAAAGAAAGUGGGGAUAAAUGAUCAUCGAGUGCUUGAUGUGAUUGCCUGUGCACUUUCAAAUUUAACAGAGAUGGACAAGGAUGCAUUGGCGAAGGAGCUCACAGAGAUGUUUACUCCUGAAGAAGUUCCCUUGUUUGGUUCAAAUUCAGUCCUUGACUGGGCCAACUUUCACGCGCAGGCAUUUUCCGAUGAAUCCCUUUCUUUUGAUGAGGAGUGUUCAAGAACAUCUUCGGUAGAUGGUGGAUUGCAUGACUCACCAAUUACAAAUACUGCUAGCUCCACAUCCAAGAUUACGCUUCCUCAUUCCGCUCCCCGUGUCCUGGGUGUUGGUCAGCUGCUUGAAUCGGCGCUGCAUGUAGCUGGCCAGGUUGCAGGGUCAUCCGUUUCUACCUCCCCCCUCCCAUACGGCACAAUGACUAGUCAAUGUGAGGCCCUGGGAUCGGGCACCAGGAAGAAGCUAUCAAGCUGGCUCGUGAAUGGCCACAGCUCGACUCCAGACAAUCCUGUGCCAAGCCUUCCCGCUGCCGAUCGUUUCAUCCUUCCUAAGGUAAAUUCCUGUGGCUUCGAGAUCAACCGCACGUUAUCGGAGCCGUGCUCCAUGGUGAAGCUUCCACCGGCCAGCCCAUUCGACAACUUCUUGAAGGCAGCUUAUCGCACCCCGCAGGAGAUGUGA